AUGAAACCCACUGGGAAAAGGAAGAGAACCAUAGGGGACAAUGCUGGUCGCGGCAGCACAACUUCUGAUUCUCGUCCAUCCUCAUCCUCAAACGAGGGGACACAGGACACGCCAUCACCACCUCGCCUCCCCUCAGCUAUAAGUGAGGACGAACUGAGAGCAAUUUAUCAUAACCUUGGGAUUGAGGACGCCUAUGAGAUGAGCGCCGCUCAGCUCAGGGAAACGGGGAUAAAGAUUGCUCAAGGAGUUUUCGGCGAUUUUCCUAGGACAGGUGGCCUACAACUCGCUGAUCCAGAAUUAAUGGGCUCUCAAUGGAUUGCGCAAACAUUUGCGUCGGGUAUGAUGGAUUCUGCUUUUGACGACGAUGAGGAAUAUCCGGAAAGCGUUCGGGAGUUUGUUCCGGAGGAGUCGCAGUCAUACAAAGGCGCGGCGAGCCGCCGUUGGAAAUUGAUUGAACCACCAGUGACUCCGCCGAAUAUCCUGAGACCUCGGCAAACAGAGUGA